AUGACCUAUGAGGAUCUUGGCGUCUCAAAUGCCACUGAACCCGAACGUCUCGUGAACAACAAGGUCAUUACACCCGUUUUAUCACCAAUUGAGUCGGAAGCAGCCGCUCUUCGUCGUCGUACAUCCAUCCCCAGCACGUUUUCUUUUGGUGGUGUGGACCACGUCAUCCCCGCUGACGUCAGUCAACGUCGUUGGCGAAGCUUUGAUGCUGCUGCGAUUGUAAACAAUGUUGCUGCGAUUGUAAACAAUGCCGCUGCGUCUUCAGCUCUUGAGAUGUUGUCCCAACGUAUUCAACAUGAGAGUCAGCACGUACUCAAGCGGAAAGCACGACUGUCCAAACGUCGAGAGCUUUUACGCAGUGUCAGUUGUUGGCUCAGCUCUAGUCGACGUGAUCAAGUUGCUUUGUUACAGAUGCAGCUGGUAGCUGAAGUAGCAACAGGCAAUCGGUCGUUGGCUGUACUUAGUGAUAUGCAUACGGUACUCGCUCUCGAUGAAGCGGAUGAACUUCGUCAUCGAGGAAGUUUUGCAGCGAGUCAGUCCUUAUUGGACGGAAUUGAACAAUCGGAACGUGCAUUGGCUGAAGAUUGGCUACGACAAGUACUGCAAUUACAAGCUCAUUAUCUUGCUAAGCUUGUGGAACUUCACAGGCAGAAAAAUAUCGUGUCAAACAGUUUGACACUUGAGCAAUUGCUUCUUCAAGUGGAUAAUGUCAAGUCAGCUACAGAUGAACCGACACUUGCUUUUGUACGUUUUGAAAAGCUUCUGAGUCGUCAGAAAUUGCUCAAGCCAGAGCUUAAGAAAGCACUGGACAAGCUCUGCUUGGAUACGAUGCGGUCUUUUACACGUGCUAGCAGCCAACCAGGACCCAAGACGGUUUUUGACGAUAGAGAACCACGUGAUGUCAUGCAAUCGCUCGUCUUGGAGAUUGUCAAUGCUGUUGCUAAGGAAGCCAAGCUGGAUACGAAUCAAAUGCCAGCACUACUGGUGUUUGUGGAGCACAUGGUCUUUAGUCGCCUUGCAUGUGCGUGCUAUCGUGGCACAGCUGCUGAUCUGGAUGAGCUUAAUAGUUCAUGGCGUGACCAGGCAGCUAAAAUUCGCACACUGAGUCUGGAAGAAGUUGGCUUGCCCGUGGAAAUUCCUGUAAAAGCUCAGCAGCAAGAGCUUUUUAGCAAAUCUAUUGCUGCGUUCAACAAAAUCCCGCACCUCGUGCCUUCUAGUGUGCUGGCGUCGUUCAUGCGUGCUGUGUGUACGUUGUAUUGUGAGGCCAAGGAAGAAUUUGGCCUGGACAGCAGCUGCAUUUCGGCUGAUGUAUUACUGCCAUUGUUGGUGUACGUGUUGAGCCGCUGCGAGCUGCCGCACUUGCACUCGCAGGUGUAUUUGAUGGAGCAAUACGCCAUUGAUGAAUCCCAGAGUGGCUCAGAAGCUGCUUACUAUUUGGCGUGCUUGCAGGCUGCAAUGGGCUACAUCGUGGGCAAUGGAGUUGUUGAGGUCACUGAGUCUCAGUAA